CCGCUGACUUCCCUCAGGUCCGCUAUAAAACGCGCGCGUCACUCCUGUCACGGGCCAAACACGCCGUCACGACUGAUCCCGGAAUAACAAAGUCUAUAGUUUGCCCUUGCACGCGCUACACCCGCUCUCGGCACUGGUAUAUAAAGAUCUAGUGAAAACAACUAGAGUUGACCUAUGAGACAUGGACUCCGAUACAAGUAGAGUGUCCAGUCGGCCCUCCUCUCCGGAAGGAGAUGAUCUGUUCCUCUCUGCGGUGAAGAAAUCGACGGGUUUCUCGGGCGCAGUUUCGUCUACGCAGAGUGACUCACCCCCGGAGCUGAGCGCGGACAUUCGCGGCCUUUCGGGCGUCGACGAGAACGCGCUCGGCUUAAAGAUGUUCUCCAAGAAAGACCGCAAACUGCUGUCCGAGAAUGAGCUACAAACCAUCCGCCUGAAGAUCAACAGCCGCGAGCGCAAACGCAUGCACGACCUGAACAUCGCUAUGGACGGCUUGCGCGAGGUCAUGCCUUACGCGCAUGGGCCCUCGGUGCGCAAGCUCUCCAAGAUCGCUACCCUGCUACUGGCGCGCAACUACAUCCUCAUGCUUAGUAACUCGCUCGAAGAGAUGAAGCGUCUCGUCAGCGAGAUCUACGGCGGCGGAGGUGGAGGAGGAAGCGGCGCCCACCACGCGACCUUCCACCCGUCUGCUUGUGGCACUCUGGCGCACACCGCGUCUCCACUGGCCAGCCAUGCAGCCGCUGCAGCCGCCGCCGGAUCUCAUCCGGUUCACCAUGCGCUACUCCCACCAACAGUGUCCAGCGCUUCUUUAACAGCGCCAGGCCUUUCGGCCGUGGCCUCAGUCAGACCGCAUCACGGACUCCUGAAGGCGCCGUCGGCUGGGGCGAGCCCCCUCACCUCGGGCUUCCAGCACUGGGGCGCGAGCAUGCCGUGCCCGUGCAGCAUGUGCCAAGUCCCCGCGCCUCACGUGCCCACCAUGAGCUCGGUCAGCAUGCCACGCCUGGCCAGCGACUCCAAAUGACUCAAUAACUUUUUUUUUUUCUAAACAUGCGGAUAAAUAUUAAGACUUUAUAUUAAGAGACACUUAAACACAACGCGUGGUUCGAUACAGCCUCAUACACUUCGUGCCACAAUCGGCUUUGUCUCCAAAAAAUAAUUUUUUGACAGCUCAGUGACACUAAUAUAGGUUUUUUUGCUAACACGUUAGCUGAAGUAGGCUUUACAGCAGGGUACAUUUAUUUCUGAGUCUAUUCUGUCUCUUUCAAGAAACAAACUUGGGCAGUAUAAUCCAAACCUUGACGAUAAGAGUGUAAAUAACUAUGUAAAUAUGUAGUGUUUGUACAGCAUGAGAGCUUUUAUAUUAGGUUUGGGAUGAAUUCGUUUACCUGAGACUGAAGUCGUAUUGCACCUGCUCAUCUCUUUCUCUUUCUUUCUUUCCCUCUUUCUCCAUUCUCUCUUUUGUUUCCUUUUUCUUAUUUUGUUCCUGCGUUACUGUUGUCACUGUCCGACACAAAGAAUGAUCUUUUUUUUUAUUAUUAUUAUUUUUUAAUAAAAGUGUGAAACGAUAUUUAUUUGCUUAUCUUCGAUGGUAUGUUAAGUGAACGAGGAAUGUGCUGAAAUUGUAAAUGUAGUUAAAUAAAAGAAUCAAUAACAA